GACAGCGGGCAUCGGGUCACCAGGUAUGACAGCGGGCACUGGGUCACCAGGCAUCAGGCAGUGGGCACCGGGUCACCAGGCAUUGGAUCGUCUGGCUCGACAGCGGGCAUCGUGUCACCAGGUAAGACAGCGGGCACUGGGUCACCAGGCAUCAGGUCAUUUAGCUCGCCAGCGGGCACCGCGUCAUCUGGCAAGGCAGUGGGCACCGAGUCACCAGGCACGACAGCGGGCUCUGAGUCAACUGGCAUGACAGCGGGCACCGUGUCAUCAGGUACCGGAUUGUCUGGCUCGACAGCGGGCAUCGGGUCACCAGGCCUAAUAGGAUCGUCAGGCUGGAUCAGUUCAUCAUGCUGGGUAGAGGCAUCAGGCUGAGUAGAGGCAUCAGGCUGCGUACAGGCAUCAGGCUGAGUACAGGCAUCAGGCUGAGUACAGGCAUCAGGCUGAGUACAGGCAUCAGGCUGAGUACAGGCAUCAGGCUGAGUAGAGGCUUCAGGCUGAGUAGAGGCAUCAGGCUGAGUAGAGGCUUCAGGCUGAGUAGAGGCAUCAGGCUGAGUAGAGGCUUCAGGCUGAGUAGAGGCAUCAGGCCGAGUAGAGGCAUCAG